UUCCUUCCCCCCCCCCCCGGUCUUUUGGUCUUUCCCACCAAAAUCCUCCCAACGGAGGCAUCGGAAAGAGAGGGAGAGGGAGAGAGAGAUAGGGGGGAGAGAUGGAGACUGCUCUGAGUGGGAGAUUGGCUCUCUCUCCCAACCACGUCUUCAACCCUAAUCCUGGGAACAAAUAUUCUUUUUGCAAAGGACCAUGCUCCAAUCUUUGCAUUCCCAUGGCUGUAUUAGCAACAGGACCAGGCAAAGGGGGACUGCUGGAGAAGCCGGUUAUUGAAAAGGGAACUCCUGGCCGUGAAUCUGAAUUUGAUUUGAGGAAAUCACAGAAAUCUGCACCACCAUAUCGUGUAAUAUUGCACAACGACGACUUCAAUAAAAGGGAAUACGUUGUACAAGUAUUAAUGAAGGUCAUUCCUGGGAUGACCCUUGAUAAUGCAUAUGAUAUCAUGCUAGAUGCUCACUACAAUGGAUUGUCAGUGGUGAUUAUCUGUGCUCAAGCUGAUGCUGAAGAACACUGCAUGCAACUUAGAGGCAAUGGCCUGCUCAGUUCAAUCGAACCUGCAAGUGGUGGGUGCUAAUCAUUGGCCGCAGUUUAAAUCUACUAAUGUUCAUUGUUGGUGAAAGCAAAAUUCGAAAUUUUAGUCUUUUUACAUGAAUUUGUCCUCAUGAACGCUGCAAAAAAAAUAAAUAAUAAUGAUAAUAAAAGAAAAGAAAAGAAAAGAAAACAAGAAAAGGAUAAAAAAUGGUCGUCCUAUGAAUAAUAUAUGCUAUAGUUGUGGCUUUGUAUAAAGAAUUUCACAACUUUUGUAUCAAAACUGUGGUCACUUAGUGUUGUUAACAUAGGCGACCAUUAGAAGUCUCUGGUUUGUCUUAGUUUCUGUGAAUAUGACUUGUUUCAGUAAUGUCAGUUUUACCGAUGUGGAGUUGUGCUGAUAACAGAAACCAUGUUCCUGUUUUUCUUAUGUACUUACGUAUAGCAACUAAUAUAGCUGUGCAUGCUUGUGUUGUCAA